AAAGUUGGGUACAUUCAUCCGUCGUCACAAUGAAGGCUCGGCGGAGUUUGCUCAUGACUAAUGUUCGCUCCGUCGCUCGAAACGGGUUUAUUUCUCCUUCCUUACUGUUGUGUUCCGUCUUGGUUCUGUUGACAACUCGUGGAACGAAUUUUGGAGACAAAGAAUCAUGCUCGAUGUCGUCGGCAGUGGUGGCGUUCCAGGUUUCGUCGUUUGCAUCUCCGUCGGUACGGGCGCCGACCACAAAACGAAUACGCAGCGAUCUGUUCAGCCAUGACGACAAACAAGACGCUUUGAGGAGCAUCCAAAUCGACAGCACAAAGAAACCCCGGCAGCUGAACACAGCGCCACCGCAGCGACGGAUGUUUCUCCAGCAGGCUGGCCUCGCGGCGACCGCAUUUGCGGCCGGGCUUUCCCAGUUGGACACCGUGGAGGUCGUGAACGCGCUGGACAUGGACAGCAAGAACGCCGCGGCCGCUUCGGCCAUGAGCGGCAUCAAGGUCAGCAAGAACGUCGGGGGACUGGCCCAGCGCAUCCGUGGCGGCCUGUGUUUCAAAAUGGACGAGCUCCAGCGGGACCUGAUGCAGGAACGGUGGGACCUCCUGCCGCCGUACCCGGCGCAGCUGCGGUCCUACGUGACCGUGUUUACGACCUACACGGACGCGGCCUUUCCGAGCGACUCGCCCUCGGACUACGGCCUGCGGGUGGCCCUGCGAUACGAGGUGGGCCGGUUCUUUGCGUCGGUCGAGCGGCUGAAGCGGGCGAUCGCGAAGCAGUCGCUGGAGGAGGCCUACACGGGUGAGUUGCGCAAACAAAAACGCGCAUUCGAAGCUUUCAGACCGGAAAAAUCAAAAAACGAGGCCGUGCUGAUAGCGUUUCUUGAGCCUAUGACCUGACCGUAAUAUCUUGUGCCGUUUCUUUCCACCGUUUGCUUUCUUUUUUUGGUCGUAUUUUUCCCUGGAACAUGUGUGUCGUCGGAUCGUUUCGUCAAUUUUUCAAACGGUAUUUUCGAUUUCCCAAACAACAAUCCUAUCACGCAACACACAACAAUUCAACGCAACGCAACACAACACAACACAGCCUAUGCCGACAUGAGCCUCCAUCUCGACCGGUACCUUCGAGUGGGCGGCCUCUACACCUACUACGACAGCGUCGUCGACAACGAGGUUUUGUUCAAGGAGUACAACGACGCCCUGGUCUAUAGCGACCCUUCCAAGGACCCGGCCGAGGUCCGCGAUUUGGUCGUCCUCUGCAACGGACCCGACAAGGGCAAGACAGGCAUCCUGAUCGGGAUCUACCCCCCGACCGAGAAGGCCAGCAACGUCGUCGUCAAGCUGGACAAGUACCGCGGGAUGCGGGAAAUCCGGGUCGUCCCGCGGCUGUGGGCGGCCAAGCGUCUGGGGGAGCAAGACCCGGACGCGGUCUUCUUGAUCCCGCGGAAGUAACGCGGAAGGUGCGAGGGUUGCAAGCUAUAGCCUAUAA